AUUGUUACCCUUGACAAUUUGAGGGAUCAAAUAUAUGGUGAACAUGCAUCUUACCAUGAGAUAUUGCCCUCUUUUGAUGCCAAAGCCGAUCAAGUUAGAUUUAAUGACAAAGCAUACCCUUGCAACGCAUGCGGACAAUCUAUUGGGAUUGGGGAGGAGUCAGAUUGUUUUCUUGAGAACAGUGAAAGCAAAGAUAUAUUCUGUUAUGAUGAAGUACACAUGGAUCCAAGCGGAAUGCUUCAUCAGGGUGAUGUCAUAUCCAAGUCUAUGCCAAGUUCCACCGUCCCCUUUAAUAAUGAUUGUGCUGAAGAAAUCAGGGAUGCUUGUCACUCAGCAGGCAGGUUGCGUUCUUCAAAUAUAUCGCCAGAAGAAUCUUGUGUUAAAAAUGUUGUUGAUAAUUGUAGUAAGACAUCUACUGAGGUUCCAAGAUUAGUAUAUUCCAGAAGA